CACUCCUUUACAUUAGAGCUGAAUAGCUCAGCUACUUUAGCUUGCUCACUGAAAAGUAACUCAUUCUGUAAGCCAUUUGAGUUGAAUGGCAUACUGUUCAGUAAUAAAGGUCAGACAAGCCUGAAUCAAUCUGUGGAAAGGUGAGGAUUCUAAAUCGAGCACUAACCAGGUGACUGUUCAUAUUUCAGAAACAACUGUAUCUGGGGCAACAAACUUCGACCCAUUUUCAAUUCACACAGGCCUACGGCAGAUUUAAGAUGACAUGAAAUGUUUCAGUGUGUUUGUCUUUUAUGAAUGAUAAAACCCACAUGUAAGGAGGCUAACCAACAAACUCUUAUAACUUCGAACUCUCUACUCAUUCUGAUAAUUAUGGUGUCUCAAAUGCCACAUAUUUUAAAUCUUUCCUAACUUUAAAACAAAUCCUCUCGAACACAUCGUCGAUUCAUGCGAAUCCUCUCAUUCAGGCUGUAUUAUUGUAUUAAUGUGCUAAGCAUGUAAUCCAAAGCCUUUAAGCGGUUGUGAAAAAGUGGUGUAAAUCUACAUGUGAACAGCAGAUGGCAGUGGAAACUUACCAAUAUGUCAAGAUCCACCUGCUCUCUUGAAACUGCACACGUUUAAACCUAAACCAAAGCCGUUUUAAUAAGCCGCAAACUAUUGAGAAGAAGAAAAUAUUUGUAACCAAGACUGUAUAUUUAUGUCAUGAUUAUCUUGUAAUGUUAUAUAAUAUUAGGCUAUACAUAAUUAUAUUAGUAUUAACAGGAAAGCUGAAUUGUGAAGUUGUGCUUUGUUUUUACAUUUUUUUAAACAAUUACUUUAGUAUAUGUUCUUUAGCAUUACUCUGUUAUUUUAUAAAGGUAUAAGCAUAAUAAAUUAUACAGCAAAAGCGGAUCAAGGUUUUGUAUACGUUUACUCGGCGGCGUCCUGUCAAUCAAACGGGAAGACGAAUCACUGCUCUCGAUGGGCGGGAACAUUUAAAAAGCGGCUGACAUAAAUUCUUGAGCGCGCCGCAUUGUCCUCACUGCUCAUAGUUUUUGCUCCUUGAACUUGUCUGCGUAGUUAUGAAGGAUGAGUGACGUUUUGUCAGUUAUCAGUUAAAAAAGCCUAAAAUUAAGUAAUUAAUGUGAUUAAACAACAGGCCUACUAAUUAUAGAUGAGUUCAUAUGAAUCUAGUGUAUACCUAUAGCCUAAUUAGUAGUACAUUAUCUGUCGUCAUGGGCAACAGUGAAGUUGUGAAAUCGCUGGACACAAUGGGAGACAGCAAUCAGAGUGGUGUAAUCAACAGAUCCAUCAGCGAUCGCUUUAAAAGCCUGGAAGACAUUGAUGUGUCCGCCGAUGGGAGUCCGGUGCUGAGGUGCAUGAUCUCCAUCACCUACUCGGUGGUUUGCGUAGUAGGUUUGAUCGGCAACCUGCUGGUCUUCUUCUUUAUACGCGUGAGACGAGAGAGACGCACAUCCAAAAUAAACUUUUUCAUCCUCAAUUUGGCCGUGACAGAUUUCCAGUUUGUGUUGACUUUGCCUUUCUGGGCCGUGGACACGGCGUUGGACUUCAGCUGGCCGUUUGGGGACGCCAUGUGUAAGAUCAUCCUGUCAGUGACCGUGAUGAACAUGUACGCGAGCGUCUUCUUCCUGACCGCGAUGAGCAUCACACGCUACUGGUCAGUGGCUUCAGCUCUGAAGGACCGCAGCAGACAGACCAGCUGCUCCAUCAGGUGGGUCAGUGUCGUCCUGUGGUCUCUGGCCACCGUAGCCACCGCGCCAACAUCCAUUUUCUCCACAGUCACUAUCGUGGCCGGCGAAAAACUUUGUUUGUUGCGGUUCCCCGACGGACAGUACUGGUUGGCAGUCUAUCAUCUCCAGAAAAUACUAAUUGCUUUUAUUUUGCCAAUGGCAAUAGUCUCCAUCAGUUACCUGCUGCUGUUGAGGCUCAUCCGACAACGGAGUAUGAAGAGCAACUCCAAAAGAAGAACGCAAGUCACAAAGUCGGUCACCAUAGUGGUCUUGUCGUUCUUCCUCUGCUGGAUGCCCAAUCAUGCCAUAACGUUUUGGGGCGUGCUGGUGAAAUUCAAUGCGGUGUACUGGGAUAAGUCGUACUAUAUCGUUCAUACCUAUGUGUUUCCGGUGACUGUGUGUCUGGCGCACGCAAACAGCUGUUUAAAUCCAUUUAUUUACUGUCUGAUGCGCAAAGAGUUCAGGAAAAAACUAAAGGACCUGUUUCUCCGAGUCUGAGAAACAAGUGCACGCGCACCCCGCGAGACUCAAUCCUGUGGAACAAAUGUGUUUAAUAAGCAAAAAAUGUAACUUUGAGUCAUUGUUUACUCACCCUCAUGUUUUCCAAGCCUUUAUGACUUUAUUUCUUCAGUGGAGCUCAAAAGGAGAUGUCAGUUCACAGGUUUGGGACAACAUGAGGGUGAGUAGCCAAAAUAAUGACAGAUUUGUUAUUUUGGGCGAACUGCCUCAACAGUAUGCGUUUGUUGUACGUCAAUUGUAUUGUGUGAAUGUCUGGUGUUCUUGUGGAACAUUGUUUUCAAAUAGGCUAAUCGAGAUAAAAUGUUAGCCUACAUUACUUUUGCGUUAAAACCAACACUUCAAACUAAACACGCAGCUAUAAUUAAAUUUAGUGGCUCAGUUUCAUUGCACUAAUGACUGAGGAUUUAAAAAAAAAUAAUAAUAAUAAUAAUACAGUAUUGUGCACUUUAGAUCUCAAUUAAUUGUGUAGGCCUAUAGCCUAUAUUGUUUUUGAAUGUUAAAUUAAAAUCUGACUUAGAAAACACAGAAUAUAUAAGAGAGCAGGGAUGUUGUCUGGGAGGAUUGUGCCUCAGUAGGUAUUAGGCUUUGAUUUAAAAGUCCAGUUUGUGUUUUUGUAUGUUGGUUUCAUACACAUUGUUCAAAACCUUCUUAAAAAUGUUUUGUUGUGAAUUUGAUCCUCCAAAGUCAAAUUCCAAUAUCAUAUUUUACAGUACAAGUUGUUGGGGUAACAAGUGGACUAAUAAAAUUAGACACACUGACACAACCGAAAGGCUGAAUUGUGUUUUCAGCCAAGAGUAUUUUGCAUAAAUGUCAUGCCCUGUUACACAGCGUAAUAAAUAUUUGUUGGCCAAAAUUUUGGUUUGCUAUUGUAGGGUAGGCUACUUUUGACAUUUUUGCAAUUUCGCGAUUUUUUUGUUUUGUUUGUUUUGUUUUUUUGCAUUGCUAGUUAUUUUACUGUUCAAAUUUAGCUGAGAAGCCUUCCAUUGUGACAACAUGAUGAAACUCAAUAGCCUGAGAAAGAUUAAUCAGGGUAAGCAUUGUGAUGACAACUAGCUUCAGUCUCCCCUAUGUUGCUAUUUUCAUCAUAAGCCAUUUAAAAUUAUUAAAAAAAAAUAUCUGCAUGUCCCUCUCGCAGUGCUUCUCAUAUCCUUGUCUCGUUCUCAAUUAGCAUUACUGACAGACACUCCCAAAAGCUCUCAGCCAAGAUACCACUAUCCAUCCUGAUCAGAGCUUUGUGAAUCAAAACAUUCUGCAAUUCAUUAAGCAAAAAGCAUAAAUGUUUCAUUUAGUCGAGCAAGGCCAUAUCAGUUUCUUCAGAACACGUUCUUGAAUGCCGUAGAAGUGACAGCUCUGCGGCAUGCAGUUAAUUACCCAGAAAGGGGCGAUCAGGUUCAUGACCGAUGAGAAUACUUAACGUCUUGUUAAAUUGUGGUUGCUUUAAAUCACUUACAUAGUAAGCUAAUGGUGGUCAUUUGCAGGCAAUUUGGAAGAUUUGAAAAGACAGUACAUCUGCUGCUGUUUACCGUCACACUCACACAGGAGCCUUUUAAUGGACACCCGGCUCAGAAUUGAUGCUCUUGACGAUGUCCUGUUGGUUAUGAUACAGUACGUCACACUCCCGUGUUCAGACUGUGGAGGGUAACGGACUGUGAGGAACAAUCUUUUUUGAGUGCAAAUAUUUUUCCACUGAAGCCAAACCAAAAGUAUCCUUUAAAAACAAAGCAGUAGGCACAGAUAUGGCUCCUAUAACUCUGCUGCUCUCAUUUUAUGUGUGCACUUAAAUGUCAUUUAAAUAAUAUUUGAAAUGGAAAGAAAAAUUCUGCAUGAGUCAUUGAAGGUCCUGUUUGUUUUGACCAGUACCGCUGCUACUAAAACAAGCCUUUUUCAUGUGAUGCGGUCACAUUAUGUGGAGGUAUGGAAUGGGACCUUAAUCCAGGAUUUACAUUACUGUGUUGUGUUGAUGUAAAUCUAUUGCCUAUGGAUGUUUGUCAAUAUUAUAAAAUUCACUUUGGUCUCCCGCUCAGUAUGCUGAUAUAAUCAGAUCCCCACUGUUAACAGGAUUUCCUGUGGAGACAGGGUUUCCUAUUACAGACUGAGUUAGGAGUUAUGUUAUAAUAGUCAUAUCUUAAUGCACACCAUCAUAUUCCCAUUAUGAUCUAGAUAAGAAUUUUACACAUAUUAAAAUUUAAUUUGCCCCCUUAAGUUCCGCCCACAGCAUUUCACUAAUAUUGCUGUCUGCCUUUGGACUUAUUCAGUAACAAUAUAAACCAAAAAGUAGAAGUGAAUGUACUGUAUAUUGCAUGUAUUAUAAUUGGCUUGCUUGCAUUUUUGUACAGUUAUCUCAGUUGUUGUAAUCUUAUUCUUAUUAGGCCUGAUUGUUUGAUCUUUUUAAAUGAAAGGUGAAAUACAUUUAAUGAUGUCUGUGUUUUGAUGAUUGUUGUGAGAUUUCAAAGUCUGACAAUGACUCAUAAUAAAUUCUAUAAAAGUC